AUUUUUACUACCUCACAAUCAUCAAAUAAGAAAACAUUUUAUAUCCAGACUCAAGAUAACUUUCCUUGUCUUUAUUCCUAAGGUUUUGUCGUAAAGGCCUGUUUACAUUAUCUUAUCGUUUUAAAAGAAAAGUGUAAACGCUACCCGCUUUAGUAAGAUCUCACGUGCCUUUCAAAACAUUUAUACAUAUGUUAUCGGAACAUGCUGUUUUCAGCAGCACUAGCACAGAAAUGACCCUCUACCGGACCAAGCAUCAACGUUUACUCACACUUUUACCAAACUCGCCUUGCUUUCUGUACUAAAGCACUCCCCUAAACACUGAGCUAGUGUAAACCGGCCUUAAGGCUCCUGAGUUUUACUUGGAAGUGUAUUCACGAUGUGUCUUUGUUUCAGGUUGGCUCUCUACCUAAUUACACACGUUACGCACCCCGCCGAGGAUUAAAGCUUCAGACGAAGUUAUAGAAACAAGAGAUUUGGAGGGACAGCUUAGCUCUAAUUACGAUACGAAAGAUCUGCAAAUUCUGAAGAAUAUUCGAAGUCAGAAGGAUUUGCGCCGACGAGUAUGGACGAUAAAUCAUGCUCUAUAAGCGAUUGGAAAUGAAACAAAAAACGAGAAAGAAAUUGUUCAAAUACAGAAAAACUGCGGCAACGUUAUAGCCAAAACAUUCACCAAAGUCAUGUGAAGUUAAUGUUGAACAGUAACUGUCAUAUCGAAGAAGCAUAUCUUGUGGCGAUCGUUAAACAAGAAGACAUAUCUUAUUAUUUAUGCUAGUCACCCUUUUGUGAUUAUAGAUAGUGUAAACAUUAUUGCUCAAAUUCUAUAAAGAAAACUAAUUGAUUUAAAAUUCUAGAUAUUAAUGAAGAUAAGGCUAAUAUUGAGGUUUUGAAAAAUGUAUUGAGUGAAUCAAAUAAACAUAGAACUUUAUCGAGUCUGUAUCUUUAAAUAAGUUGUUACGAGAAUGAAGUACAGUAUGUUUUUCCUGCGGAGGCGGACGUUGAUACUAAAGGCUGUGCUCAUACUGACAGCGAUAUGGUUUAUGGUCGCGCUGCUAACUACUAAUGGCGCUUCACGGAACGCCAUUGGUGCUCCGGCGAUGGAGUACGAAGACGCGGAGGCCAAGCCCUUGAAAAUGGCUAAGCCCACAUCCAUCAAGAGAAAAAGCGAAUCCUACGGCAACAAUCUUUCUGAUGUACGAAUGCGGGUCGAUUGGCUCGAUCGGAUUGCGGGGAAGGAAGGUCUCGGCGUGAUUGCUGCCCCGGGAUCGGACAACGCUCCCGGUGAACUUGGCAAACCGGUUGUUCUACCCAAGAAUAUAAGCGAAGACGCUAAGCUUGCUGUUUCAGAGGGUUGGAAAAAGAACGCCUUCAACCAAUACGUCAGUGACCUGAUAUCCAUUAGGAGAAAACUACCGGACCCCAGAGACGAGUGGUGCAAAGCGCCAGGACGGUAUCUUGAAAAGCUGCCCCAAACAUCUGUUGUGAUAUGCUUCCAUAACGAAGCGUGGUCGGUGUUAUUAAGGACCGUACAUUCUGUGCUGGAUAGGUCACCACCCCACUUGAUCAAAGAGAUCAUUCUCGUAGACGAUUUCUCUGAUAUGCCUCACCUGAUGCAACAACUAGACGACUACAUGUCAUCAUUACCUAAGGUCAGAAUAGUAAGAGCCCCCAGACGUGAGGGUCUAAUCAGAGCACGACUCCUCGGGGCCCGAUACGUAACUGCCCCCGUAUUGACGUAUCUCGACAGCCAUUGCGAGUGUACCGAAGGAUGGCUCGAACCAUUACUAGAUAGAAUUGCCCGUAAUAAGACCACGGUUGUGUGCCCUGUAAUUGACGUCAUCGACGACAAUACCCUCGAGUAUCAUUAUAGAGACUCAUCUUCAGUCAAUGUUGGUGGAUUCGACUGGAAUCUCCAGUUCAAUUGGCACCCUGUACCUGCUAAAGAACGAUCAAGGCACCAACAUACCGCGGAGCCUGUCUGGUCUCCGACUAUGGCUGGUGGCUUAUUUGCCAUCGAUAAAGAUUUCUUCGAAAGACUUGGAACUUACGACAGCGGAUUCGACAUUUGGGGCGGUGAAAAUCUAGAACUGUCGUUUAAAACUUGGAUGUGCGGUGGAACUCUCGAAAUAGUUCCGUGUUCGCACGUCGGUCACAUUUUCAGAAAACGUUCGCCGUACAAGUGGCGAACAGGUGUCAACGUACUCAAGAGAAAUUCCGUUCGUUUGGCCGAGGUCUGGCUGGACGAUUAUGCGAAGUAUUAUUACCAACGUGUUGGUAAUGAUAAAGGUGACUACGGGGAUAUUACCAGUCGGAGAGAAUUAAGAGAAAAUUUAGGUUGCAAAUCUUUCGAGUGGUAUUUGAAGAACAUUUAUCCCGAGUUAUUCAUUCCCGGAGAGUCCGUUGCUCAUGGAGAGAUUCGAAACCGAGGCUUCGGAUCAUUCUGUCUCGAUGGAGUGACGGUUGCAGAAAGCGAAAAAGAAGAAACUCUCCCUACAAUCAUGAUUCACAAAUGUCACAAAAGUGGUGGCAAUCAGUACUGGAUGUACUCGAAGAAUGGAGAGAUCCGUCGUGAUGAGACGUGUCUGGACUACUCUGGUCAUGACGUUGUUCUGUACCCGUGCCACGGAGCGAAGGGAAAUCAGCUGUGGCUUUAUGACCCGAACACGAAGUUAUUGAAACACGGUUCGAGCGAGAAGUGCAUGGCGGUAUCGAAAAACAAAGAUAAAAUAGUCAUGGAAUCAUGCAGCGAAUUGGAAAUGAGGCAAAUGUGGAACAUGGAGAACUUUAACCCCGAGAGAUUAAGCCCGGAGUUGAUAGUCGAGUAGCCGGCGGGCUACGACGGACUGCUAUUCAUAUAAAUAGCAAAGACUACAGUAAUGUACCGUGACUGUGACUUAGUGUUAAUUCAAAUGGUUCACUUGUUGUCCGACGCAAUGAACGAUGUAGCUACGUGUACUAAGUAUAGUGGGACGAGAACUAUUCGGUAGACGAUAAGGCUUCACUUGUAAACAAGCUUGUUGUACAUUUUUCAAUUGAUGUUUGAACCCCGACGAAUUCGGCCUAUUGAUGACUGAUGUUUUGAUUUUAGUUUCGCUUGGAUGCCGUUGUUUAGUUCCUACAGAUUUCCGAGUGAUUCGUUAACGUGUGUGGUUUUUAUGGACGGAAAUUUUGCGUUGUCAAGUCAAGAAUUACUGUAAUAUCUAUGGUGCUUGCCUGUUUCUGUAUUGUCAAUAUUUUAACUUUCUACUUUAAAUUGUUAUAGUCAAGCUGCUGUGUCAGUGUUUAUUUUGUUUUUAUUUUCAUUUUCAUUUCUUUGCGUGUGUUAUCUCUUAGUGUUUAAUGGGAAACUUAUCUAAAUUAUACAUAUCUUUAAAUAAGAAUUUUAUUGAUAUUUUCCACUAGAAUGUUUAUUGCCGUCUUUUAUGGUUAUGUAUAAAUUAAUGUUGUAAUAGUAUUCUUUAUCGAGUAUUAACUUAUCGGUUAGAAUUUAGUAUACAAUUGAACUGUACAUAUCUUAAUCUAUGCUUCAAUAUAUUUAUUAUGAUUAUUACUUAAUAAUCUAUGACAGAAAAUGGACGACCUAAAUGUGAGUCAGGGACUGAAAUGAAUAAUGAAAAUUGUAAAUGUGUUAAUGAGAUUGUACCAUACUCUUACCGAAAUUUGGUAAAAUAUAUGUUUUUAUCCCGUAAAAGUUCAGAGAAUGUAUAAACAAAAGAAAUACGCCAAUAAAAUGUAUUUCUUUAACAUUUUCGUCUUUGCCAUAUUUAUAUGGACUGUUAUUUUGCCUUCGAAAUAACUAUAAACGUAUUUUACAAUAUUCUAGACGAAGUGGACGUUUGUGGUGUAAAUAAAAGUUUUAAUUUGUUAGGCCAGCUUUGGAUGUUACGGAAAGGAAAUUCAAUUUAGUUUCCAUGUAAAUUACAUAAAUGUGAUUUCUUUAAAAGAUUUAUUCAGAAAUAGGACUACGUCGUAGAUUGUAUAAAUUUUAGUGAAAUUGUAUAAAUAGUAAAUGAUAGUUUUUAAUGUAUGUUUUAUUGAAUAAGUAAAUAUUUUUGUACUCAUAAGUUACUGAGCGAAUUUAUUUGUUAGUCACGCGUUCUGUAUUAAAUUAUUUUGAUGGUGACUGAAUAGGAAUUUCUUUAAGAUAUUAGACAUUUUUCAAAUAAAGAUACUUUAUUUUAUGCAUACCAUAUUAGUAGAAGUACAUGAAUAUUUUAAACUAUUAUUUGUUUUAUUGUGUAUGUAGAUCUAAACAUUCCAAAAAAAUAACACAAAAGAAUGUGGCUUUCAUUGAAGCUUUUAUCAGUAAUUAUUUAUAACAUUCCAGCCUGUUUACUAUGAACUUUUAACCUAAGGCUACAAUCAUUGUUAAAGCAAGACAGCGAUAGUGACAUGUCAUGCAGUAUAGCGCCGUCUUGCUUGCACAAUGGUAAAACCUUAUUAAAGAGUUCAUAGUACGAGCACAGUUAUUAUCCGUACAAAAGUAUAAAAAAAAUAAGUAAGUAAAAGAUCAUUCUUUAUCUACAGCAUAUAGCCUCGCUGUAUAAUCUAUAGUCUUUGAGACAGUAUUGAAACCCCACAAUGAUUAACAAAAA